UGUCAACUUAGUCGAACUGUUGUCUGUACGUGUUUUGUUUUUAUUGCAUGGCUGAUAAGUUUGCAGAUCGGUAUUUCAUAUACUUCAAUUAUAUUCUGAUUAAUAUUGGUGAAUUCAGAAAUUAAUGCGUGAUUUGUCUGUAUUUAACGUGAAUUAAACCUUCCAAUUUGUAAUAUUGUAAACUCCAAACUAUAACCUCUUGUGGAAUAAUGAAAAAGACGAAUUCGAUUCCUAGCAUCAUACACGAAUUGAAUGGCAAUGUUGAGAAUUACUUAAUAGAUAACAACAUAAAAAUGAGAAAUGGAGCAAGUCCGGGAUUAUGGCUUUGCUUUAUGUUACCUGUAUCUGUGAUUCUCGGGAUUUGGAACUACCCAGACUGUAGCUACUUCUACCGCACAGCGACCUGUCUCAGUGUCGGGCUAUUGCUCAAUUCCCUCACCAUCAUAUUCCAAGUGAACCACUCCGCUAAGUUUCGCACAGCGUGUUGUGCCGUCAACUCCACUACCACAACGUUACUGCUCAGUUACUUCUCUCAUCACAAUCUGCUGUUCAAUGUUCUGCUCGGAAUGGCCAGCAGCUUCGGUUACAACAAGCUUCUGCUGCUGACACUGCAAGCUUCACCAAGUAGUUUCACGUUUGGCGAAGCAGCUGUGAUAGUACAAGCGGCCAUCUUAUUCUUCGCCUCAGCCGUUGGAUCUGUAUUUACGGCGGUGCCAGUUACGUGCAUUGACAUCUCCACAAAGAUUUUACAGGUUGGCAUGACUGGGCUGGCAGUGAUGUGCUGUGGUGUGCGCUGGUUCCCCCGUCUCCGAGACUCUGUGGAAUUCUACUCCGCUCUGGGUUUGGUUGUCGUCUCCAUUGUUGUAAUGUUGCAUGCACUGUUGGGAUUCAGUGCGGUUCUGUGGUUGGUCAACCUUGCCUUCGAAGACAUGCUCACGGUGAAGCUCCUAGGCUCUUGGGUGGUGAUGACGGCUCUGGCAGUGGUAGCAACCAUGACACAAGUGAAAGCUGGACAGAAGGCUUCCACAAUUGUCCGCAAGUACUUCCACCUGCUGGCACUAUUCGUCUUCCUCCCUGGUGUCGUGCUCAAGCCCUGCUUGCUCUACGUGGCUAGUGGCGUCAUGCUUGCAGUCUUCAUCGGACUAGAGAUGGUACGAGUGGUGAAGCUCCCACCUGUAUCGGCUGUGCUGGAUUCUGUAUUCCUGGUGUUCUCUGACGAGAAGGACAGUUCACUGGCACUGACUCCCAUCUACCUCCUGGUCGGGUGCUCCGUCCCACUGUGGCUACAUCCCGAGCCAUCCUCCUCCCCUCAGGUCCUGUUGCCGCUGUUAUCUGGCCUGCUGUCGGUCGGUGUCGGGGACACAGCUGCCAGUGUGUGUGGCUCAUUGUGUGGGCGUCAUUUUUGGCCAGAUUCACGGAAGACCAAGGAGGGGUCAGCAGCUUGCUUUUUGUCACAACUGUUUUUUGUCAUUGCACUAAUACAUUUCGGUUAUGCGCCAAGGAACAACCUGCUGCAGCCGAUCGCUGCCAUCGCGGUGGUAACACUGGUGGAGGCCACAACGGACCAGAUAGACAACCUCGCGCUGCCUCUGAUCAUGUACUGCAUGUUAUUAUAGUCUCCGUGUCCUGUGUGUUAGAAUCUCACCAUAUCAUACAGUCCGGACCGGUAAUGUGUGGUUAUAUCUAUUAAUAAGACGUGUUAUUGAAUUUUCACAAAUAUAGGCGUUACAAUAUUGAAUAUCGGUUAGCCAAUGUAAUACUAAAACUGUACGAUACAAUACAUUACUUCAUAGCAGUCAUCCUAUAUUGUAUAAUAUGGAACAGUGUAUAAUCUGAUGUAGUGUGUUCGAAAGUAAGUACAAUAUCCUUAACACAGCAAUGUAACAGCUGACGUUUUACGUGUGCUCUUAUUAGUUUCUUUGCACAAAGGACAUUUAAAAAAAAGCGGGUUUUAUUUUUUAAUAUUUGAGUUGGUUGGAUAUCCUACCAUCUAUGAAUCAAGUGUUGCGGUCAGUCAUCACUUAUAGAUACAGAAAACAUUAAUCUAGCUACCAUUUUCAUCAUAUCUGAGAGAUGUGUGGUCAGCUAGAGCAAUGGAGCUGUCUUAAGUAAAGAAUGUUGGAUUGGAAAAUGCAACCAUGAGAACUCAAAAUAACUGAAUUUUAAAUAUACCUCUCAACUAUGUAUAAGGUAGGAUUAAAUCACACCACAUGUCGUGCAACAGGCUUUGCUGGGAUUAUAUGGACAAUGUUGUCUUUAGCUAUAACUGUUACUGUGUUACAUGUUAAAAUGUUAUAUGAUUGUAGUAAAUUUGUUAAAAAAUGUAUUUAUUCUGUUAUGGUUGCUCAUAAGACCAAUGUAAAAAUGUUCGCUACGCUCUGUUCAACCCCAUGGAUGACAUGCACCAUCAUAAACCUCGAUGUUGUUUAUAUAAAAAUGAAGCUUCUUGUAAAAUUUCAAGUGUAUAAGUCAGUUUGUUCUUGAGUUAUUGUGCGGACAGACAAAUGAAGUUUUUUCCAUCCUCCUGAUAGAUAGGUUUUCCAAACUUUCAACCAAUAAGUUUUUGGGAAUUUCCUCAAAGUUUCACGUAAAUUAUGAAGCUCUGAGUAACCUAAGUAAAAUGUGUUUUAUGUCGACACUUUAAGUACUGCUGCAAAAACAUUUCAAAUGUGUUUUUGCAUAUUUUAAACAAUUUAGAGCACCAUGAGGACAGAGAGAUCUGAUUUUUUAGAAUCUAUUUACUUCAUCCAAAUAAAAAAAAUAGGCUCGCCAAUAACCAAUAGGUCGAGCGUUAACACUCAUUACUGAGUAAUAUGCAUGGACAAACAAGGUUCAGUGUUUCAGUGGUAGGAGCAAAUAUCAUGGCCAAUUAAGUACACAAAGAAUAUUGAUAAGCAUAAAAUAAACAAAUCAGGACUUUGUGACGAAAUGGUGAUUUAUUACACAAACAAUGGUGGUAAAAACCCAUUAGAAUCAACUGCCAUGCCAGUGGAAGAAGAACCAAUUUUAAAAUCUAGCUUAGAAGAGUUUUUAAGAGAUGUCACAGCCGAUGUCAGCAACAAGGAUUGAAAUAGAUACACACCCCCCUCCUUCCUACAUCUGUCACGUUGUUCCAAAUGGAUAGCUGCUCUAACAUCUGGCUACUCAUGCAUAGUGACGAAGUGUAGUUUAGGAUUAGUGACUAUAUUAUGGAAACAUUACUGUAAACAGCUGAUUUGUGUCAAUUUGUGAGUUAUUUUUAACUGUGACUGUGAGUCUAUGAAGAAAUUAUUAUCCUUGAUAAAGACACUUUGGUAUAUUUUCAGUGAUAAGAUAGACAACAGUUGUAUCAAAAUAAUUUUAAAACAAAGCCUUUUAAAAAUAAUAACAAAUUUCAUCAUUGACGACAGAUUUCACCAAGAGGGUGUUAUCCGCUUGGUGGUACAUAUGCAGAAAAGCAGUAUAAUGCUUUAUACAUUGUAAUGGAAAAUAUAUGUGUAUUUCUUUUGUAUUUCAUACAGAAAAUAGUACUAACGAGGAACAUGAUUUGUACUAUAGCAGUAUGACCUCGAUGUGAUAUUUUACAAUGUGAUAUACUUCAUAUCAACGUUUUCAUCCUUGCUGAUCAAAUAUUAUAUUUAGAAACUAUUCUCUUUAAGAUACAAACCUGCAUUCUUAAUACAUAUUUAUACUGCUUUUAGUGUAUUUUAAAAUGUAAUUAUAUUGAUACUGGGUUUCUAGCUACAUAGAAAAACAAUGUACUUCAGUUUCAUGAGCAAAUUAUUUAUUGCUAUUGAUUUAAAAAUUAAUGUUAUCAGUUACUGGAUUCUAAAGCCAUGCUCAAGAAUAUGAGUGAUACAAGGGCUAUCCAGAAAGUAGAUUAUGUUUUGAUAUAAACAAAAAACAAAGUACAAUAAAUAAUUGUAUUAUAUAUUUUUAAAGUGACACUAAAACACUAUUUUUCAACAUUCUCACCGUACAAAUAUGGGCACUUAUCAUAACUGUGAACUAUUUUUGAAAUUCCAGUGUUAUAAAAUUCUUAUUUAAUGUUCUCAUUGACUUUAGAGACAAUUUAUCAAUCACAAUGCUUCAUGCACAUUAAUUUGACCAUUUUUAAACCUAAUGCGGCACUGUCACACUCUACUUUCAGUAAUCACAUCACAGAGUUGGCUAUGAAUCUCAAUCGGGUUACUGUGCUUAGCGUACAAAAUCCUUAUUACCAACUGCACUUCACAACUUUCGGGAUUUUCAAUUGCAUCAGACAUUUUAAACUGAUAUUGUAAAACAAAGAGGAGUGACAGUAACCUCUCACUAGCACUGCUGGAUAGCCAAUGAACGGAGAACCGCCCUGACAUCAAAAUGGCCGCAAUAGUCCCGCCCUUAGCGGGUACAGAGCAAAACAUAAUCUACUUUUUGGAUAGCCCUCUUAUUUCAAUAGUAUUAGAUUGAUAUACUCAAUACAACAAUAGAAAUGCCAAAGAAUAACUAAACCCUGAUAUAAGGGAAUAACGUACAGGGAGUGGCUAAAGUAUCUGACGAUUUUCUUUCAUGUACAGUCAAACAGUUGUGUGGCAUAUUCUUGUGUACUUGAUGCCAUUUUAAUAGCCAUCAUGGAGUGCUCCAGUGUGCAUUGUGUUUUUGUUGUAGAGGAGUAUUUUUAAAAUACCGAUUGUACGGCGCAAAUUGUGAGGAAUUUUCUAACAAGAAUUUUGUAAUUAAUGUUGAUCCUCAUUUAUUUUAUUUUUUUUCCUUUAUUAAAUGAACAUGAAGUACAGUAAUAGUGUCAUACAAAAUUCAAAGAGGGUAUGCCAUUACACAAGUAAAAAUGUUAAUAUAUUUUAUGUCGUUCAGUAUUAGUGCAGUUCUUUCUCAGCUUGGCGUUGUCAGGAACUCUUCAAGGGUGUAUAUUGGUCUUUUCACUAGGUAGUCUUGAAGUCCUUUCUUGAGUCGAUUUCCUGAUAGGUUUCUGAUGUUUUCUGAUGGUUUUUUUACCAAAAAGAGCAGUGCGGUGUUGAGGCAAUAUGUAUCUGGAAGCAUUACGGGUAUGGUAGGUGUGGACGUCACUGUUGGUCUGGAGGUUUAGUCUGUCAACAUGUAUGAUUGUUUCCAGUAUGUAGAGAGCCGUUACUGUUAGUAUACCCAGAGACUGGAAGGCUUGUCGGCAGCUUUGAAGUGGUUCCAGUCCAGCUAGAGUCCUAACUGCUUUCUUUUGUAAGAUGAGUACUCUAUUAAGGUUUCCAGCAGAGCUGCCCCAGACAACCAGGCCAUAUCUGAUAUGUGAUUCCACUAAUGUGUAAUAGGCAGUUUUUGCAGCUUCUAAAGUUCCAAUCCAUUUGAUACGUUUUACUACCUAGAGUCCUGUGCUCAUUUUUUUGCAGGUGUUAUUUACUUGUUCUGUCCAUGAAAGCUUGUUAUCUAUUGUGAUACCCAAAAACUUGACGUGAUUACCUACUGAUGUAUUGGAUAGACUUGCUGUUUCGUCUUUUUUCCUACUGAAAUGCACUUGAGUUGUUUUGUCGGGGUUUAGUGCUAGGUCAUUGAGUUUGCUAUACAUGAGAGCAUUUUGUAGUAAUAUCAUUAAUUUCUUGGUUAUCAACCCUUAAAGAAUAGCUCUGCAUAUUGCCAAAGUUACGGUGGAAUGUGGGGUAGAGAUUUUAUGAUGAAAAUGGGCAAACUGAAACAGUAAACCAAGAGCUUUACUUGAGAAUUUUGAAGUGGGUUUUUUCCCAUAACUGUAGGAAAAACGACAAAACGACUAGCUCUCAGCAAAAUUUGGUUCCAAGAUGAAACGAAUGCAGCAUGGACUACUUGAGGAGAUUUUGUGGUUGCAUCAUCUCUUGCAAUGGUAACAAUGCUCGGCACACACGUCGUUCUGAUUUCACUAUUUUUUAUUUAAAAAGUAUACGAAAAUAAAACCUGUAGACCAGAAGACUGGAAAUAUGCCAUUGCUUCAAUACAAAAUGAGAUGUUUCCAAAAAGUGAUCAGCAGCUUUGCUGAGUGUCUUUCGCCUCUAAGACGAAUAUACACCAUUUCAUUAGUUCUAUCUUAAAAUUGUAAAAAAUGUUUGUAUACUGGUGUGUACCACAAGUUAAUAUAAAAUUUGUGAUUUUGAAGUUUUCCUUACAAAAUUUAAAGUUGGUAAUUUUUGUUCAGUGACAAAUUUAGGAUAGACUUACAUUAGGCAUAUAAGAAUGCUCAAGUAGAAUGAACAAAUGAAAUGACAAUAAAAUCUAUUCAGUCUCUUAUUAUAAUAUUCCUUAUCAAUGAUAAUCGUAAUGUUGUCAGUAAAAUUAAAAAGUUAAGCAAAGAUUCUUGUUGAGCCUAAGAUACUCAAAUGUGAAACCAAAGCUAAAUACAAUUCUUGGAUUGUACUGCCCAAUAUAAUUUUAAUUUAAAAUAAGCAAAGUGGAUAUGCUGUUAUGCAAUUCAAUUUAGUUCAUGUUUGUAGUUGAAUUAUAUAUAAACGUAAAACAAUAGUUAAAACAUAAUUACAUGUCUUUUAGUUAAGAAAUAACAAUUUUCAAAUAAACUGCCUUAGGAUUAAUAAAUCAACACUGUCAGUUCUUUAACACGUUCACGACAACGGCUUAUUUCCGGACUAUUUUUAUGUUAAACUCUAAGUACAACUAGAAAAGUAUGUAGACUUCACAAUUUUGCACACAAAAAAUGAUUUCAAUAUGUUUUUUCAAAGUAUUUCCAUGUACCUAAGGGGUACCUAAAAAAUUAAUUUACCUUAAAAAUUAAUCCAUUCUGUGCCUAAAGGGUUGUACAAAAUUGUCCGAGGUGUUUAAGUGCGGGAUUAAAUUUAACAAACCACCAAGACAGGCAAACAGUAAAAACACAAUAAGGAACUGCGUAGCAACGUGUACCACCGGAAACGCUUUACGAAAGUCCGGUGUGUACCCAAAGAGGUAUAUGUUGUUGUGAACGCGUUAAAGCUACUUCAUAAUAACUUGAAUAAUAAAUAGUGAAUCUGUGAUAGAAUAGCUUUAGAUUUGUGUUUGAAUCACACAAGGGGCAGAGAUUUUAUCUGGUUUAGAUUUGGAAAAAAAGAUUUCCAAGUACAUCCUAGAUGUUGUCCCUCUGUUUCUUGUGGUGGAAGCGUAGAUGAUUGAACAUUGUAAUGUAGAGUUAUAUUCUGAUGUUUGAACAUAUUAAUGUAGAGUUAUAUUCUGACGUUUGAACAUCGUAAUGUAGAGUUAUAUUCCGAUGUUUGAACAUAUUAAUGUAGAGUUAUAUUCCGAUGUUUGAACAUAGUAAUGUAGAGUUAUAUUCCGAUGUUUGAACAUCGUAAUGUAGAGUUAUAUUCUGAUGUUUAAAUAUCGUAAUGUAGUUAUAUUCAGAGUUAUAUUCCGAUGAUGGACUGUGGAAUUCCUGAACACAUAAAAAUGAUUAGCUAUAUGUACAAAUUACAAUAAUCCGCCAAGACAUAGUUUGUAAACACACAUGUUCCUUAUUGCUCGGUUGUAAUCACUGUUCAUUGUUGUUUAUUUAUGUGUUUUAUGGUAAUUAUAACAAAUCUAUUUUACUAAAAUUAAUCAUACAUCCUAAAAGACAGGACUAGAUUUGUUGAGGCCUAGUCAGUCUUGUUAUAGGCUUGUUAUAAGACUGUUGUCUUAAUUUUUUACCAAUGAAACAAAUUUUGUUUUAACUUAAGCUUGAACAUGAUUUAAAUAGAAUUAAAUUGUUAAUAUUAAAAACUUUGUCAAAUUUCUAUAAUUCAGAAAUAUCACAGGUUAUUUACUGUGUGUUUUAGAAGAAAACCUUGACUAAAAUAUAAAACAGUGCCAAUUUGUUGUUGUUUUAAUUUCAUAAUGUUUUUACAUUGUAAGGGGAACAUAUUGAUUGGAUAGUAAAAAUAUAAUUUAAAAAAGCGUGUUAUUUCUGAAAUACAGAAAAUACUGGUUAUUUUUGACCAAAUCUUGAUUAACUGAGAUAUAAAUUGGCAAAUUUAAAUCAACAGAUUAUAGGCUAUCUCAGAGUUAAAAAAAUGGAUUUAUCAUGUAAUAUUAAAGUUAAUAAUUAUCACAAACCAAUGUGGUUAUGUUUUGGUGAGUAUUUAUUUGUAGUUUUGUUUUGACACAAACAUAUUGGCAUUUUUGUUUGUGGAAGCACAAUUUUACUAGUGGUAGAGAAUUAUAUAUAAGAUAGUAAAUUAAGAUAAAUAGUUACCAUAGUUUUUAGUUGAAAUGUUUAACUAAUAUUGUUUUAUUGUUGAAUUACAAAGUUGUUGUUUAUUUGAAAACAG